AUGAGCAGUGCAAGGUGUGGCUUUGGUAUUUGUGUGGCCAACGACAGAAUCAUUGCCUGUGGUGGCUAUGACCGAGGAGAAUGUCUGCAGUCUGUGGAAGCCUACAACAUAAAGACCAAUAAAUGGACCCCUUGUCCUAACAUGCCUGAUCCAAGGGGACGCUUUUCUGUGGAACAGAUCGACAAUAUGAUAUAUGCAAUCGGGGGAUCAGAUGGACAUGGAUGCCAAACAAAGAUCCACUGCUUUGAUGUAGCUACUGAAAAGUGGAAAACUCUCUGUAGUACCAACAAUGCUAGGGUGUCUCAAGGCAUUAUAGCAAUGAAUGGUGUACUCUACCUGGUGGGUGGCUGUAUGGGCCAACAGAGUUUGGCUAACUGUUUGGUGUUUAAGCCUGAGUUGCAGGAGUGGGCUUCAUUGCCACCAAUGAAUGCACCUCGUUACCAGGCUGGAGUUUGUCAACAUCAAGGGGAACUGUAUGCCAUUGGAGGCACAGAUGGCUGGAACUGUCUCAACUCUGUAGAGAUUUUCAACUUUGAGACAAUGACAUGGCGGAAUGGUCCAAACCUUAAUGUAGCUCGACGUGGUGCUGGAUGCGUGUCAUUUGAGGGUAAAAUUUACAUCGUCGCAGGCAGUGAUGGGACACAGUCUCUCAAAUCCACAGAGGUGUUUUGUCCGGAGAAGGAUAUGUGGACAAUGGGUCCAGGGCUGAGUGUGCCCAGAGCCAAUGUCGCUGUGGUGAUCUAUACCAACCGUGUGUUCGCUGUCGGGGGAUUUUCUGGACGGACUUUUCUAGAUACCAUGGAGUAUCUGAACCCUGACAAUAAUGAGUGGUGCAGCUAUUUGUCAGUUGAGGAUUCAGGGUUGACUCAGAAAUCCUCCGAACGCUUGUGUUCCAAGUCCACAGCUGAGGCCAGUGGCAGUCAAGACAAUGGACAUGCAAAUGACAAUUCCAACAGCAACUAA